UGUCGACGGACAUCGGGGAUUGAGUUGAGGCUCUCGUGAUAAUGCAAUGCGAGUGUCACACAUGAGAUAAGAUAAAACAAUUGGUAUUGAUGACAUGCUGAUUGACAGUUCGAGCCCAAGAACGAUUUUGCGAGUACUUUUGCUGAUUUAACUCAACGCCUCACAUAGUAUGAAGAGUGAAACCAGUCGUAAAAGUUCAUCACCAUAAGUGAUAGUUCGAUCUACUCCUCCUGAAUCCACCAACUUGUAGGUGAGAACAACAAUUCUGUGAAGUCACAAUUUUUUUAUCCAGAAAAUCGUGAAGAUGUGGGUACCAGCGGACAUCAGUGAUCUGUGCGCAACACGUCCUACGAUCACGACGUGUCAACCACCGGCGAUGAUGUUCCUGGCGCUGGUGGUGCAUCUAUUCGGGUACUCAUCAGACAAUCGUCCCGAAAAGUCCUCUUUAUUCAAUAGUCUUGAAGACAUCGGAAGACCCUACGAAGCAGCUGAAGCUCUAGCCAUCAGUUGGGAAUCGAAAAAACUGACAACUCCGGAGCGCAAUGAUAAUUCCAUCGACGGAAAUGCGUCUGAUACGUUUUUUAAUAAUUUUUACGCGAAUAAUGUGACGGAUUCUUCGUCAUUCGUGGAGGAGUUCAACAGAAUUGUUGACGAUGAUGUUGAGAUCGUUAGGAUUGAGGAUGAACCUGAGGGUGAUCACGUUCUAGAAGUUCCGGGUGAAGAAUUCGGUCGGAGAAUCAUCGUAGAUUCACCUGGAAAUUCCGGUGCAAAAGCAACUUCCGUUAAGGUACCGGAUACUGCGGAAUUCCUGGAUGAUCAUUACGAUUUUAUUGUGAUCGGAGGUGGAUCUGCUGGAUGCGUUGUCGCAAAUCGUCUGUCCGAGGUUCACCGGUGGAAAGUUCUAUUGCUAGAAGCUGGAAUAGAGGAACCAGAAGCGGCGGAUGUGCCGUCAUUUGCACCGAUGAUGCAGGGCAGCAACAUUGAUUGGGGAUACCGAACUCAACCGGACAAGAAAGCUUGCCGAUCCCGAAGAGAAGGUGGCUGUCGAUGGGCCAGAGGCAAGGUGAUGGGCGGUUCAAGUAGUAUAAACUACAUGAUCUACAUCCGAGGUAAUCGAGAUGAUUACGACGAGUGGGCGAGACUGGGUAACAACGGUUGGGAUUACGAGCAGGUGUUGCCGUACUUCAUCAAAUCGGAGAGGAACAAGGACGUAGAGAUAGUCAAGGAUAAUCCCCACUACCACGGUACAACAGGUUACCUGAACGUCGAACGUUUUGAAUACAAAGAUGAGAACGCAGAAAUUGGGUUAGAUGCAUUUGAAGAAUUGGGAUACAAGCGAAUUGACGUGAAUGCAGCCCAUCAACUCGGUACGAUGGCAGUUCAAACUACAACACGCCACGGUGUCCGCCAAAGUACAAACGGGGCCUUCAUCAGGCCCAUAAGACACAAGCGUAAAAACCUUACAGUAAUAACGCAGGCCCACGUUAUCAGAAUCAUAAUCGAUCCGGAAACGAAACUAGCAUUGGGGGUGGAGUACCUCAGUACGAGAUCAGACGUUGUGAGAGUGGCGAUAGCAAGAAAAGAAGUGAUUCUUUCCGCAGGAGCUCUCAAUUCCCCAAAAGUCCUGAUGCUAUCGGGAAUUGGUCCCAAAGAGGAUCUAGAUCGUCUGGGGAUUCCUCUGAUUUACGAUUCAGCCGUGGGGUACAAUCUACAGGAUCACACGACAAUUGACGGGCUUGUCAUUCAGCUCGACAACAAGACAAGCCAUUCCGCGCAGUAUCCUCAGAUGAUUCAGGAUCUCUACGAAUACAAGGACAGCCACAGGGGGCCUCUUUCAACAACUGGUCCCGUCGCCACUUCCAUCUUCGUCCGGACUCCGUACGAAGAGUCCAUUCAGCUACCGGAUAUCCAGUAUAUCUACGACGUGGUGAAUGUUGAAGACUUCUACACGGAUCCUGCAUUUUAUGCGGAAAUGGCAAUAGCACCGAUUGCUUAUUACGACGGCCUGAUGCUCAGACCCAUUCUCCUGAAUCCUAACAGUCGUGGAGUGGUUAAGCUCAAUGACACUGAUCCCAUCUUUGGAGAUCCUUUGAUCUACGCCAAUACCUUUAGUGCGUAUCCUGAUCUGAACCGGAUGAUCGCUGCCAUUCAGAUGGCGAUGGCUUUGUUCGAUACAAAGGCCUUCAUCGAGAAUGGGUACAAGCUCAGGAAGGAUCCACUCCCUGCAUGUGCACAUGUGUCUUUUGGCACUGCUACUUAUUGGCAGUGUGUCGUCAUGGAGUACACUUCGACGAUUUUUCAUCCCGUUGGCACCUGCAAGAUGGGCCCUGCUCAUGAUCGAUUUGCUGUUGUUGAUCCUCAGCUUAGGGUUUAUGGAGUUGCUGGGCUCAGAGUCGUUGACGCAUCCAUCAUGCCGAUUAUUGUCCGUGGAAAUACUAAUGCACCGACAAUCAUGAUUGCUGAGAAAGCUAGUGAUAUGAUCAAGGAGUUCUGGUUGAAACGGUGAAGCUUGGGGUAUGUUUUCUGUGCUAGUGGUGGUGUGCCUUGCUAUGAGGAUUUGGAAAAUAGUAGAAAGUUAUCGAUCGUCGGUGGGUUUUUAAAGAUUUUUUUGAUUAGUUUGUUUUAUUUUAAUAAUUUAAUACUUCCCCUUGUAAAUGAGUAAAUUAAAUUUGACUAAUUAAUCCGAAUUUUACUGCAAUUUCAAGAAAUUACUGAGAAUUGUUUAUUGUCACGAAGUCCAUGUCUAAAAAAUCGUCAAAAAACUUGCAAAAAAAUUCCAAAAAAGGACGUCAGAUUUGCCCGUCAAAAAUCUCUUGUAAAAAAAUACCGGAAGCAUUUCGAAAGAAAAAAUGGCUAUGAUAACCGGUCAUAGAUGCUGUAGUCACAAGUACUUACGAGCUGCUGUCAAAAUAAAUGGGAAGUGUGGACUAUUGAGUGGUUUAUUUACCCGAGAGGAAUCCCUGAAGAAAUAGUUGGCAGGAAAAACAGACCAUGCAUAAUUUUCAAAUGGCCUGUUAAGUUUAGGGGCUUUUAACACUUUUUGGACGUGUCGGCUAUUUUUUCUUGAUAUAUUCUUUCUGCCUUUUCUGGACUUUAACAAUAUUUUUUAAGA